CUAUACUAUUUUAUUCUCUUAAUGAAAUUUACAAAUCAUAAUUUUAUGACCUUUUAUUCAUCUCAUUCUUAUAAAUUUGAUGCUCCUUCUAUGUUAAGGGAAAUUUUAAAGAGUGAAUUUAGCUAGUACGGACUACUACGGAGUAAUACCCUUGGUUUCAAUUUUACUCCGUAUUUCGGGAAGGGAAAAGCGGGAAUUUGUUGCAGACUUGCAGGGAGGAUAUCGCCGCCGCCUACGACCGUGCCAUGGCUUCUGAACCGAAGCGGAGGAAGAUAGAAUGUGAAAGCACUCGCAGGCCUAUACUCUUUCCAUCAGAGGACAUAACUUCAACAUCUAGGGAUAAACCAACUGUUCUUCAUGCCGCACAGCCUAGCAGCAUCAAUCUCAAGAUACAACAGGCCAGGAACUUGGCAGUAGCACAGGCACAGCAUUGCACUGCCAAUUACAGGAUAUUCGACUCUCCAUUUGGAAAUUUUCUGGUACCCGUAAUUCCAACUCGGGCUGAGCUUGGUGUGUGAUUUAGAAUGCCGUGAUUUUAAAAAAUGAAAAAAAAAUGAACUCCUAUUCAUGUUGUUCAUUCCUUACAUGUAUUUUCAAAAGGUAGAUGUAAAAUUUUCACUAAUACUCCGUAUUCCGAACAGAUUAGCCUGCCCCAAACAGGUUUCAUGAAGAUUUUAAGUUGAUUUUGUGAUGAAGGAAUCAUGAUAUUUGUUGGUUUAAAAUUCUCAUUUUUGUGUGUUAUC